AUGGCAUCCCAGACUAAAGUUCUAGACUGCCAGGAUCCAGCUGAGCCUCCUUGUCAUCAGUUACGCAUAACACGGACAGUGAGAGGACAACACUGGAGGCCAAAGCUAGCACUACCUCAAAGUAUUCCUGCUGUCAAACCCCACCAUUGUGUCCUUGCACGGCGAUCCAGAGGGGGCCCUACCUACAAGUGUGGGCCAUGCCAUCAGAGUAUUCCUGCUCCACAGAGCCUGCUGAACACAUCAGGACUGUCGAGAGGCCUUAUUCCUGGGUUGACUGUGGCUGGAUUCCUGGAGGAACGAUGCAAGAUCACAUCCAUGUUUGGGGCUGGUGGAGUGCCCCUCCAUGGCUCAGUGGACUCUACUAUCUCUGAAUAUGUUUUAGUACUUAUUAAGCAUUAG